AUGCGCCCAGCUUUUUAUGCCCUGCGCGCGACAGCCUGCAGGCGUUCCACCGGGCCUGUCACCCUGCGAUUUCUCCCCCAACAGCCUCUAGCUGUACACUCCCGAAGCACACGAUCAUCCAGCUCCCUCCAGCCCUCCAAACCGCUUCACGAAGCAGACCCUCACCACGACUCGCCCAACACCAUCUUCGCUCUCUCCACAGCAGCCGGAAAGUCUGCAAUCGCGGUAGUUCGGAUUUCCGGGCCCGCCUGCAUGGAUAUCUUCGCCUCGCUCUGCCCCUCCACAUCACCCCCAAAACCCCGCCGCGCAACCUUGCGCACCCUCUACAGACCACAUACAAAUGAGAUCCUCGACCCCGGGAGCAUCGUCCUCUACUUCCCCGGCCCUCGCUCCGUCACAGGCGAAGACACACUCGAGCUGCACCUCCACGGCGGGCCGGCGAUUGUCCGCGCUGUUCUCGGUGCAAUUCCUCAGGCGCACUCGAGGCAUAGGAUUGUGUAUGCAGAGCCGGGCGAAUUUACGAGGAGGGCGUUCGCGAACGAGAGGUUGACGCUUCCGCAGAUUGAGGCGCUGGGGGACAUACUCUCCGCUGCGACGGAGCAGCAGCGCAUCCAGUCUGUGCGGUCAUCAACGUCGGCGCUGUCGCAGCGGUAUGAAGGAUGGCGGGCUGCGCUGAUUGCUGCGAGGGGCGAGUUGGAGGCGCUGAUUGACUUCUCGGAGGAUCAGCAGUUCGAGACGAGCUCUAGUGAGCUGUUGAGUAAUGUCGUUGUGGCGGUUGAGAGGUUACGGGGUGUGCUGAAGGGGCAUGUGGCGAACGCAAUGAAGGGUGAGAUGCUCAGGAGUGGUAUCAGCCUGGCGCUCGUGGGUGCGCCGAAUGCGGGCAAGAGCUCCCUGUUAAAUCGAGUUGUGGGGAGGGAGGCAGUCAUUGUCUCCGGAGAGGCGGGCACCACCAGAGACGUGGUUGACCUGUCCGUAGACCUAGGCGGGUUCAUGGUCGUGCUGGGCGACACGGCGGGGCUGCGGGUGGGCGACGUGGCGGAGGGCGUAGGUGAGAUAGAGAAGGAGGGCAUCAAGAGAGCCAAGAAACGUGUCAUGGAGGGCGACGUAGUAGUGGUAGUCCUCUCAGUUGAAGAAACCGCUGAUGGCCCACAGAUCAAGAUAUCUCCGGAGGUGUGCGAUGUGGUCCGCGAGGUAGCGGGCAAGGAGAUCAUUGUCGUCGUCAAUAAGAUGGAUCUCCUCCCUGGAGCCACAUUACCCCGUGAAGUCCUUGAUAAAAUUGCAACCUCCAUGCCUGGCUUACCACCCGGUAAAGUGUUUGGUAUCUCCUGCACCACUGAAGCAGGAGCUGGAAUCCAGGAAUUCCUGAAUGGCCUCAUCACCAUCUUUAAGGAAAUGACUUCUCCGGUCUCAUCAUCGGCCUCGUCAGAUGACUGGCAUGAGUCGAUAGGUGCAACGGAGCGCCAGCGUCUGCUGGUGGAAGAAUGUAUUGAGUCUUUGGAUUCAUUCCUGGCCCAUACAAGUUCGGAGCUUGAGGAAGAGACGGAUGUGGUCGUUGCGGCAGAGGAAUUGAGGAUGGCUGCAGAGGCACUGGCAAAAAUUACGGGGAGGGGCGAGGGCGCUGGUGAUGUAGAAGAGGUGCUGGGCGUAGUGUUUGAGAAAUUUUGUGUAGGCAAAUAA